ACUCCUACCCGGGGCUCUGAGCUGUGCAGUGCGGGGUCCCUGAUCGAGUGGCUUUAGAGGUCCACCGAGAAGCCGAGCAGGCACAGCAUUGCAGCUGUUCCGCUUUGCCGCUCCUGCUUCUGAUCUCACUUGCUGGCUCACACCAAAUCGGACCUGCUUUGGGUGCCUCCCAGGACUGUCUCCAGACUGGCUGUUUAGAUAAUCCCUUGCUUGAAAUUCCUGGAUUCCUCAUCUGAGAAGGAACGCGCAAGAGUCAAUACAGUAAAUUCUUGUGUUAUUUACAGGCCAAGUGAGAGUGAACUGGUUCUGAAGAUGGGCCCGGUAGGUGCAGAGGCAGAUGAGAAUCAAACUGUAGAAGUGAAAGUGGAGCCCUAUGGGCCAGGGCACACUACUCCUAGAGGUGAGUUGCCCCCUGAUCCGGAGCCGGAGCUCAUAGACAGCACCAAACUGGUCGAGGUGCAGGUGAUCCUCAUAUUGGCCUACUGCUCCAUCAUCUUGCUAGGGGUAGUUGGCAACUCCCUGGUAAUCCAUGUGGUAAUCAAAUUCAAGAGCAUGCGCACAGUAACCAACUUUUUUAUUGCCAACCUGGCUGUGGCGGAUCUUUUGGUGAACACCCUGUGCCUGCCAUUCACUCUUACCUAUACCUUGAUGGGAGAGUGGAAAAUGGGUCCGGUCUUGUGCCAUUUGGUGCCCUAUGCCCAGGGUCUGGCGGUACAAGUGUCCACAAUAACUUUGACAGUCAUUGCUCUGGACCGCCAUCGUUGCAUUGUCUACCACCUGGAGAGCAAGAUCUCCAAGCGAAUCAGCUUCCUGAUCAUUGGCCUGGCCUGGGGCAUCAGCGCUCUGCUGGCAAGUCCACUGGCCAUCUUCCGGGAAUACUCCCUGAUUGAGAUCAUUCCUGACUUUGAGAUUGUGGCCUGUACCGAGAAGUGGCCUGGGGAAGAGAAGAGUGUGUAUGGUACAGUCUACAGCCUUUCCACCCUGCUCAUCCUGUACGUUUUGCCUCUGGGCAUCAUAUCUUUCUCCUACACCCGUAUCUGGAGUAAGCUGAGGAACCACGUCAGUCCUGGAGCUGCAAGUGACCAUUACCAUCAGCGAAGGCACAAAAUGACCAAAAUGCUGGUGUGCGUGGUAGUGGUGUUUGCAGUCAGCUGGCUACCCCUCCACGCCUUCCAACUCGCUGUGGACAUCGACAGCCACGUCCUGGACCUGAAGGAGUACAAACUCAUCUUCACCGUGUUCCACAUUAUCGCCAUGUGCUCCACCUUUGCCAACCCCCUUCUCUAUGGUUGGAUGAAUAGCAACUACAGAAAAGCUUUCCUCUCGGCCUUCCGCUGUGAGCAGAGGUUGGAUGCCAUUCACUCGGAGGUGUCUAUGACCUUCAAGGCUAAAAAGAACCUGGAAGUCAAAAAGAACAAUGGCCCCACUGACUCUUUUUCGGAGGCUACCAAUGUGUAAGGACACAGGUGUGAAAGCACAUGGGUGAAUUGUAACCAGCGCUGCCAAUCUGGUUAGGGAAGGUUUUCUGGCCAGUGCAUGCAGACCUCCCAUUGUAUUGACUCAAAAAGCAACAGAACCGAAGCCCCAGCAGUUUUAUUUCUGGAAAACUGGCUGGCAGAAGGAGGUAAAAAUAAACAGAUUGCCAUGGCACAACGUUCUGAUUACCGAUGCUUGGAUUGUAGGUUGAAUUAUGAGUAGAGAAGGGAAGGAAAACAGAACAAGGAGUUGGCACCAGCAUGGUUAAAAGGGAGAAGUAAGUGUUAUCUCUGAGAGCACAGUAGGAUCUGCAUCAGGCACACUGUGGACUCCAUGGGCUCCCUCAUCACUUGAUGAAAAGCUGCUAAACAACUCAGAUUUCCCUAGGGAGCUACAGGCUCUCUGUUAGGGUGUUUUGGUUUUAUUGUCUUUCCUAAGAUGAAACCCAAAUGAGAAUGCUAUAGGUAAACAUGGCUUGCUACCUAAGGCGGUGACUUCAAGAUAACGUCAAGAGAAUAAACACAUUUGCUAUACGAGUAAUGUUUUGGCAAUGAUGGGAGAGAUUCUUAUAUAAUCAGUGAGCAAUUAGUUGUUGUUCAGAUCAAAUGCACUACUGUUGAAAGUUUGUUUUUUAGUUCAGAAUCAAAAUCUGAAAUUAUCAUACUGAAAAGGAAUGAAAACAAUUGCUUUAUUUCUGUUAUAGCCAUUCCUGCUUUAGGUAGAUACUGUUUGGAUGACAAGCGAGCAACUCAGCUCUUCUGUUUCUUGCUAACUGCUAAAGCCUUUUGGAACCACACAACUUUUGUUACCAUUCCUGCAUGAGAGCAAACAAAGUUCACACUAAAAGUUAAAUCAGACUAAAACAUAAUUUUGUAACAAUUUGAGUUUAGUUGUAAAAAAUUGACCCCCUCCACCACAGCUCUAACAUGUUUACAGACACUGUAGAACUAUCUUCUUUGGAGUUCAUCCACAAUAGACCAAUUUAAGUUAAGUAAAAAUAUAAUUUCACUAAAGUGAACCCAUUUGGUAAGAAAUCUCCAAAACUGAGUUUAUUCCACUUUGAAAAUUUUGUUUUUAUCCACAAAUUUCACAUAAAUGUUCUCUUUUUUAAAUGACUAUAUUUUUGGUAACAUAAAUACAUAUACAAAACAAAAGCAUAUCUAUAAAUAGGGAAGCAUUAGAAAAUUUUAUUUAAUAGUUUUAUGAAUAUAGCUUUUAUUUCAAAGGUACCCAGCCAAAGAUAAUUAAAACUCUAUUUUGUUCACACAGAAAAGUACGAAAAAUGAGAUGUUAAAAUAGUUGCACUUCUCUGGAUGCUGACGUUUCAGUGUAGGCAUAUUUUUUGUAAAUAUGGCAGAAUCUGUGAGUAUAUUCCUCACAAUUUAGAAAUAUUUGAUGUAGUCUAAUAUUUAGUUAUGAUAUUAAUUUUGUAUAUAUAUUUAAAUCUCAGACUCUGGCUGUUAUUAAAUUCCUUUCAGUGUGGAAAUAAAAGAUUGGUCUCAAAGUGAAUUGUUCUUCUAGAGUACUGAAAAGGAAUAAAACACCAGAAGAAAAAAAUGAAUCUAAGGUGGAACGGGAAGUCCACCUUAUACACUGCUGUCUGAAGUGAAUCGUUGAACUAUAAAAGACAGUCUUUCCUGUUGGACUCUGCACAGUCAUCUGAAGAAGCUUUUUACUUUCUAUGUGUAAGAUACUUGCUUAAGAUCUUAGUAGAAGGUUGUUGUGAAGUCUUUAUGCCCCUUGCAGAUUUCCUAUCCUGUACAAAACCUGUCUGUUACUGUGACUCCGGCUGUGAUGGUAAAUUAUUGGAAUCCAAUUAGUGAUUCAAUUAACAUAUUUGUGAUUGAGUUCAUAUGUCAACUCAGUAUUAAAGCAUCUUUUAUGUGCUGGUUUUAAUGUCAAAAUAAAAAGAAUUUGAGGAA